AUGGGUGUGAGCAUGGAAGGACAGAAGGUGAUAAUGGUACCAUACAUGGAAGCACAUGUCCCAAAGUAUCACCUGUGGAUGCAGGACCCUGCUCUCCUUCGAGCCACCGGAUCAGAGCCCCUCUCACUCCAGCAAGAGGCGUAUAAAAGAGAGACAUUGAAGAAAGAUGAACAAGGGUUGGGGGUUGAGAUCAGGAAAUUGGGAAUUGAAAGCAUGGAAAGGGGGAAACUAGAAUUGGGGACACAUGAGAUGUACGAGCCAAUUAAUGAUUCAAGCUCAGCCGCUGAAGCACCAACCCAGUAUGAAGAAGCCCAAACAGCUGCCAAGAACGCAAAAAAAAAAAACCCUAUACAAAUGAAUAUUGCAGUCCUACCAUUCUUGUUCUUCUUUACUUCAAUCCUUGUACUCGAAUCUACUGCUUUUGAUGUCGUUGCCAACUUCGGCGCAAAGGCGGACGGAAGAACCGACAUGAAAGUGGCUUUGCUGAAUGCUUGGAAACAAGCGUGCGCGUCGGCCACACCGGCCACCGUCGUGAUUCCGAAAGGGACGUACAUGUUAAGCCAAGCAUUGUUGAAUGGUCCUUGCAAGUCUCAUAUCACGCUUAAAGUUCAUGGCAUCAUAAUGGCUCCAGCUGAUCCUAAAGCAUUCAAGGAUUCAAAUUGGGUUGCCAUCUCCUUUGUCGAUGGCCUAACGAUAACCGGUGGUGGAGUUUUCGACGGACAAGGAUCCGGUGUUUGGGGGAAAAGCAGUUGCGGCAUGAACUAUUGCGACACACUUCCCUUUAAUUUGAAAUUACAUGCUCUUAAAAACACAAUGAUACAAGAUGUAACAUCUAAAGACAGCAAACAGUUCCACGUUAAUGUUCUACAUGGCCAAAACAUUACCUUCGAACGUUUCACCGUCUCUGCUCCCGAAACUAGCAUAAACACCAAUGGAAUUCACAUUGGACGAUCGAAUCUGGUCAACGUCUUUAACUCCAUUAUUCAAACCGGCAACGACUGCGUCUCAUUAGGUGAUGGCAGCAAAAACGUGUACAUCAAGGAAUUGAAUUGCGGACCAGGUCACGGCAUCAGCGUCGGAAGCCUAGGAAAAUAUCAUAAUGAACAACCGGUACACGGAGUUUACGUAAAGAAAUGCACCAUCUCUAAUGCUGAGAAUGGUGUUCGGAUCAAAACUUGGCCUGCCUCGUAUCCUGGCACCGCGACGGAGAUCCACUUCGAGGAUAUUAAAAUGGAAGAUGUCGGAAAUCCCAUAAUAGUGGAUCAAGAAUAUUGUCCAUCGAAGUCGUGCAAUUUAAAGGUUCCAUCACGUGUUAAACUUAGCAAAAUUAGCUUUAAGAACAUUAGAGGCACUUCUAAAACUCAAGAAGCAGUCAAGAUUAUUUGCAGCAGCGGUGUGCCGUGCGAAGACGUGAGGCUCAUCGACAUCGACCUCACGUACAAAGGACCAGGAGGACCCUCCACAUCGAGAUGUUCCAAUGUGCAUCCAAGACUUUCCGGUAUACAGAAUCCGCCUGCUUGUAAACAAAGUACUACAAUGCGGCCGCAGCUGCUGUCAUGA